UACCCACCGACAGCCGUUCCGCCCGUCCUCCGCCGUAUUUGGGAGCCUCCGACCUGGGACCGGGCUGCCUGAGCCGGUGAGCUUGUGGAGGCUGCAGGAGGCUUCGGGCUCAGGCAGCUAUAGCUGGUCCAGAAGGGUUGCUCUCCAGCCGAUCGGGCAAAAAUGCACUCCACCUCUUUUACACUUGCCCGUCUGGUCGAUUCUCACGUAUUGAAUUCCCGGCAAUGCCCGAACAGGGAGGUUUGCCAUCUGGGACGCGCCCCGAGCAGCCUUUCGGAAGCGGCCCGAGUGGCAACCCGACUUCGUCCGUUGCCGCUCCCGGACCCGGCAAACGCAGCAGAGUGGAGGCUCGUCUCACCAAGGCUUGUGUCUCUCUACCGCGCGAUCGAUUCCUACAAUAACCGGUUCUCCACCUUGUGUGCCCAAGGUGAAGCCAAUGUUUUGGAUGCAUUCGGCUUCAACCAGGAAUGGACAGCCCGAAUCAGGCAAGCUCCGAGCUGCCUUAAUGCAGUUUGGGGGUGUGAGCGGACGAAACUAGACAGUGCAGAGCACUCAUGUGCACUGCGUAUGUGAGGCAGUUGCGAGAGGCACCCAUAUCCACUCCGUUCGGGAUCAAGAAUUGGUCGAUGCCUGUCCGUGGAAGAUGAAACAGCUUGCUUACCUAGUAUAGACACUUGCACAGUACACUGCGCAAUACUGUGGUAGAGACUUGCUCCCUUGCGUCCGCUAUCGUUUCUGCCGCUUCAAGGAGGACCCUUGUCGCUAUCAAAUUCCUCUGCCUUGUCAGACGUGC